CCGGGGCCAGCAUGACCCGGCGCGAUCGGCUCAUGAAAGGGAGACCCCAGAGGCAGCCGGAGGCCGGGGGAGGCUCCCGGGCGGGUUACUUAAUUGCUAGACCGAGCUUUGUCCUGAUGCUGGAAAGGGGAGAUCAGCCCUGUGUGAGCAACAGCAAGAAUGGCAUGGCUAGCAACCCGCUGAGCAGCAAUGGUACGGACCCGCAAGCCCUGAAGGAGAACGCCAAGGCGCCGUCCCCCACUGCCCUGUCUUCACCCCCCGCCAUGGAACCCCCCAAGCCCGCCCGCCCUCGCCGCCCACGGCCCCCUGCCGUACUUCCCUCGGAGCGCCCCUACCAGUGCAAAGACUGUGGCAAGCGCUUUGUGUACCGUUCCAAGCUGGCCACCCACCAAUGGACCCACUGCUCCGAGCGCCCCUACAAAUGCCCCGAUUGCCCCAAGAGCUUCAGCUACCCCUCCAAGCUGGCGGCCCACCGCCGCACCCACACAGGCGAGCGGCCGUACCCCUGUCCCCUGUGCCCCAAGCGCUUCGGACACCGCUCCAAGCUGGCCGCUCACCAGUGGAUCCACACCCCGGAGCGCCCGUACAAAUGUGCUGACUGCCCCAAGAGCUUCUGCUACCCCUCCAAGCUGGCGGCCCACCGCCGCACGCACACGGGGCAGCGCCCUUACCCCUGCACCCGCUGCGGGAAAAGCUUCUGCUAUCCAUCCAAGCUGGCUGCCCAUCAGCAGAUCCACGCGGCUGCUGCAGCGGGACGCCCCUACCCGUGCAUGCGCUGCAGUAAGAGCUUCCGGCAGCUCCGCAACCUCACACUCCACCAGCAGGUGCACGAGGACGCUGAAGCGGAGAGUGACUUAUCCAAAAACAAGGGCCACAGCAACGGGGAGAGAUCUUAG